GAGCGAGUCUGCUCUGCUCUGCUCUGCUCCGCUCCGCUCCGCGCGCUUCGCACCGUUCCUCAGGAAGUCUGAAUAAACCAUCCAAGUCAUCCAAGGGCUGUCGGUGGCCGUGAGGAAUAAACAAGUGGGCAGGCAAGAGUGUCCGCCUUGUUAAUUGGGAUUUUGCGAAAUCGAUAUUAUUUUUUUUUUGCCAUUUAUCCUGAGGGAGCCGCUUUGCAUCAUUCCUGAAGAAGUCUCGACAACGAUCUGCGACAACGAUGAAGACGACGACGACGACGACGACGACGACGACGAAGGAUUAUCAAUGCUCGCGAAACCGCAGAAUGUGAGACACGCGAUACAAUGAAUUGUUACGAACGCGCGACUCGCUGUUACCGACGGUCUUUUGAACGUACCGCCAUCGAUUAAAGGCCUGUAGCACGCGCAGAAGCUGACGUGUCUUGACAGCAGCAGCCGACAGGAAUAUCGUUCGUGUAUAAUCAUUCAUUUAUUUUCUCUAUUAGGUUAACGUUUCGACAGAUACUUUACAGAGAUGUUGGGCAAAAUCAAAACGAAGCAGGACAAAAGUGGCGAAAUUAUUGCAUACAGCGAGGCUGCAGUUUUAAACAAUGCUGCAGUUGUGGAGUAUUGUAAGAUAUCAAUGUCAGCAUUAUCAGGCGGUACAGCUGGUCUAUUAGGAUUAACCGGAGUAUAUGGAUUUGGAUUUUAUCUCUUUGCAGUUUUCGGAUUAUGGGCAAUGCUACUGAUGAAAGCAGGUGGUCAGUGGAAAAAGUAUUUUAUUAGCAGGCGGAAUCUUUUAACCAGCGGCUUCUGGGGAGGGCUUUUUACAUACGUAUUAUUCUGGACAUUUUUAUAUGGUAUGGUUCAUGUCUAUUGAGGAUAGGAGCAAUUAUAAUCAGACAGUGACUACCUACAUAAUACCGUAAAGAUACAUAAUUACAUAAAACAGUCAUUGAAUCGUUGUAUUUACAUCACUUAAAUACUUCAGACACUGACCAAAUAAACGAUAAAGCGUUCACGUGAUAUUGUAUAAGUAUGUCGAUAUGUAUAUAGAAUACACUUUUAAUUAUGUAAUAAAACAACUGCGACUUUUA